AUGGGUUUCGUCGAAGAUGAGUUGAAGCAGCUCAAGAGCGUCAUCAGCUCUCUUGACACGCGCAUCAAGACCCUCGAGGCGCGAGCUACUGGCUCUCCCGUCUCUACCGAGGAAAUUCGAAUGAUUCUCAUCGGUCCUCCCGGUGCUGGAAAGGGAACCCAGGCCCCCAAGAUCAAGGAGAAGUUCUCCUGCUGCCAUCUGGCCACCGGUGACAUGCUGCGAUCGCAGGUCGCCAAGAAGACUCCCCUCGGUGUCGAGGCAAAGAAGAUUAUGGACCAGGGCGGUCUGGUCAGCGACGAGAUCAUGAUUGGCAUGAUCCGGGAGGAGCUCAACCACAACCAGGAGUGCCAGGGCGGCUUCAUCCUCGACGGUUUCCCCCGAACAGUUCCCCAGGCCGAGGGUCUCGAUGCUAUGCUUCAGGAGCGCAACCAGAAGCUCCAGCACGCCGUCGAGCUCAAGAUUGACGACUCUCUCCUCGUCGCCCGCAUCACUGGCCGUCUAGUCCACCCCGCCUCCGGCCGCUCAUACCACACCACCUUCAACCCCCCCAAGCAGUACAUGAAGGAUGACAUCACCGGCGAGCCUCUGAUCCAGCGAAGCGACGACAACGCUGAAGCCCUCAAGAAGCGUCUCGUCACCUACCACAAGCAGACUGAGCCCGUUGUGGGUUACUACAAGAAGACCGGCAUCUGGCACGGUGUCGAUGCCAGCCAAGAGCCUGGCCAGGUGUGGAAGUCCAUGCUCAACAUCCUCAACGAGAAGAGGGCCUAG